CUUGAGUAUGCCUGCGCAGCAUGCCCAGGAUUGUCUUGAACCCACUCUGACCAAGCCCACUCACGGAAGGACCCAUCUCUUCCAUAAGUGAACUCCUGCCAGCCAGCUCUCUGUUGGGUAAGGUUUAGGGUUUAAGCGGUCAGCAAGAGUGAGACAGCCAUGGCGGGAAGUGCCGCUGCUCUUUGUCCCCUUCAUCCCUCUGUCCGCAGUCUUCGCUCCUUCAAAGUUAAGGCUUUCGCCCUCCAGCAGUCUCCUUCAAAGUUGAAGGGUGUGCACGGAUGCCUCUUAGGGGAGGGAAAUUGGAGGUUUCAAUUCAGACCGAGCCGACAUUUGGUUGCUAGAGUGCCUGGUAAUACAUGCAAGAAGAGAAAUGGUUUCUCCUCUCUGUCCAUCGUUUCUGAAAGUAUGAUAAGCGGUGACCCAGAUUCUAAUGAGUAUGCUGGAACUGAAAACGGAAGGAUUUUAGAGGAGAAUGGUUCUCGUGGUGAAAUGGGUGUAGAACGAUCUGAACUAUAUGGUGGUAAAUCUGGGGCUGUUUCUUUUUGUGGUUUGACACACAAAGUGAUUGACGAGCAGAAAACCGUGUCUUCUUCCUCGCAGAAAAAUAUUGGUUCUUUUGUUUGGUUUAUUGGGCCGGCUUCAUUGAUAGCGUCUCUGUUGCUGCCACAGUUUUUCCUCAACAAUUUUAUACUAGCAUUUACAAGUAACGAGAUUGUUGCAGACAUUAUAUAUUUGAUCUCAUCGGAAAUCAUUUUCUACACUGGCUUGGCAACAUUCCUUGCUAUUACGGAUUAUGUUCGUAGGCCAUACCUUCUAUAUAAUUCUCAAAGGUGGAGCCUUAUUACAACCGUGAAAGGAUGGUUGCAUUCUUCCAUAAUUACCAUGGGCCUCAAGAUGUGGGUGCCUGUUUUAGCUGUUUAUGUUGUCUGGCCAGUGGUUGGUCUACCUGCCUUAGUUGCGAUGGCUCCAUUCUUACUUGGUUGUGCUGCUCAGUUCGUGUUUGAAACAUUGCUAGAUGUAUGUGGCUCAUCUUCUUGGCCUCUGGUACCCAUAAUAUUUGAGAUGUACAGACUCUAUCAAUUGUCAAGAGCAGCACAAUUUAUUGAGCGACUCAUUGUUUUUGCUAGGAGAUCUGCAGCGUCUCAAGAUCUGUUGGAUAAAGGAAAUACAUUAGUUUCACUCCUGGUUGUACUCCAAAUACUUGGUGUUGUCUGUCUUUGGUCGUUGACGACUUUUCUUGUUCGGCUCUUCCCAUCUAGACCUGUAGUUGAGAAAAUUUGAUUCCUUAGGUCCUGAAACUUUAUUACUUUUUAUGUAUAGGAUUCUCUUCAUUUUUCCCCAUCAUCUCCUGUCUGUAAAUUCUGGAGUUCGCUCCACUAAAUGCCUGGUCCUGUAAAAGUGAUUCUCUUGUGUCUUGUUGGAGAUGAUUGUGAACUGUGAUGGGACGUAGAACGGCACAGUUCUAAUUGCACUUCAUUUUUGGCAA